AUGAUUGUCUGCAGUGUCCUGAGCAGUGCCGUCAUGAUUUCCUUCAAAAGAAUAAAAACAAUUGAUAAACUGAAUGCUCAUAAUGGUAAGAUCAUUGCUAAGAAAAAUAACAACAGCAGUAGCAAUAAUCAAAACAACAGGAAUAAUAAGAAUAAUAAUAGUAAUGGCAAAAACCAAAAGAACGAUAGUAAUAAAAAUACAAUUGGUAAGAACAAGGUUAAAAAAAUCAAUAAUCUUCAAGCAGCUGCAAUUACAACCGGAAACAACAGCACUAGUAAUAGACGUUUGGAAAGUUACUUGAUAAGUGUCAAAGAUCCUUCAAUACGACGAUGGCUGUCAAAAAGCUGUAACUCAAACAGCAGUAAUCACAAUGACACAAAGCUGCAACAUCUUUCGGAUAAACAUCACAAGAAACUAGCCACACCGGCGCGAAAUCGGUCAUCUCUGGAUAGGCCUGUCAGAGUGCAAGACAGCUAUUUACAAAGAAAUAAAUUGGUAAUCGAUGACUGGAAUAACAAUGAGCAUAUACACAAUCAGGAAAUGCAGCAAAAAACGCAAGAGGAACUAUGUUUAGAAGAUAAGAGUAAAUAUAAAUAUAAGGAUGAUAAGAAGAAGGGACAUAAACAAAUACACCAAGUAAUUGACGAUCUUGUCGAAAUCCGUGUCAACAAAGCAGUGAAAAUAUGGCCGAUUCGCUUCCGUCUGAGUGAAUUUUUUGAAUUGACCCUUCCGAAAUAUCGUAGGCGAAAACGGAAAAGAUGUCACUGUAUGAUGAUAACUACAAUGCGUCAAAAAACUAUAAAGUCGAUGAUAGAAGUUGAAGGUAUCCGAGAUAACUAUCAUGAAGGUGCAUUCAAAGAUACCGAGCGUUUGCUCAAGGUGCUUAGCAUUAAUAAUGUGGACCAAGAAAAUCGAUACAACGUCUCACGUUGUUCCGUCAUGUAGAAUUUAAUUAUAAAGUCGCGUCUAUUAUGGCAUAUGGUAAUGUAGUAAUUAAGAGAAUUUAUUGAAGCUUUUGCUAUCAAAACGUUCAUAAGAGGUAGGAUGAGGUUGAAUUUCCUCUUUCGUUAAAGUGCUUGAUUUAGGAUAUAAUAAUAAAGCGUUUAGAUAUUAUAUAGAAUAGAUUUUGAUUUGUAACUUCAUUAUACACA